CUUCCUUCCCCCUCCUUCCGGGCCCCGAGCCCGCGGUCCAGGCGUUCGUGUUUUUUUAAGGUUCUUGACGGAUGGCACCCCACCAAAGGGCAGUUAAAAAGGGAACCGGGGCCCCAUCGAGAUGGAUCUCACUGGCGUUUCCCAGGUGGGUUAUUUUUACCUGUUGAGGAAAUUCCAGGGCGACCAGAAGGCGAAACGCAGGCGCAACCGUACACGGACAGAACAGACGACAAACAAACACACACACAGACCGAAGCGAGAAAUGCGAUCGGGCCAGCGAUCUGCAUAAACCUGCCCCGAACGUCAACUUUCGCCUGAUCCAUACCUUCAAUGCGGGACGCUGCCCUCCCCUGCCAACGACAAGUGCCGAAUGGGACGGUUUAAGAGAUGGUGGCGUUGGUGAUGCCUGCAAUUUAGUCGGGAGGAUUUGAAAUUGGUGGUGGCAGCAAGAAGGGGGAAGGAAGAAACAGACAGGAAAAGAAAGCGAAAACGAGCGUCAAUGCUGAUUUCAGACGCCGGUGACCAGAGCGAGCCCGACAUGGAAGGAGAACGCGAGCAAACGGGCCGAUCCGCAUGGCCUUGGAACAUGCGGCGUGCGCCCUCGGGAGAAUGAAGGCGGGUGACAAAAUUCCCUGCCUUCAUUGGGAGGACGUUCCCAGGCGGGCAGGUGAGCGUUCGUGAUGGCGGAUGAACAUUUCUCUGUGUCGCAAAAAGAACCCACCGCGACGGGGCACGGCGGCGGGUGAACGUUUUCGCAUGACGACAUGGCGACAUGCCCCUAGACGCACACCGAGCCACAGAACUGGAACCGACGCAGCCCUCACAGCCCUGUGCCGGCGCUGCGGUGCUACCUGCUGCGAUGCCACCCCGGCCCGCUGCCCGGACAUGGCCGACGGGCAGUUUCUGUGCAUGACAUUCUUAAAGGGCAAGCCUUCCCUAUUUCAACCUCACGGGUUUCUUAGCUGGUAGCAUUCGGCCUAGCAACCUGCCUCUCUCGAGUCAGCCGCCCUGCCAUGGAGGUUGGGGGUUGGGUGGGUGCUGCGGGAGAGGAUGGCCUAGGCCAAACCCGAUGUGACGCCAGCCCAUCUCAUCCGAUCGCCGACAACGGGCCCCCGGGCCCGAUUCCUCCGAGAUCGACGGAGGUGGAGUUGGACGCCAAUCGUCGAGCAAAACGCCGUCGAGCGCGCAGUUUUAGCCGUUGGUCGGGAUCCGUGGGCCGAAGAGUGUUGGACCAGCACACCCCGGCCUGGCUCUUUCCUGCCCACCGGUCAAGACCCUUAUCAUCCCUCACAAAUUCUCAGACCGCCCUUGCCCAUUCCGUUCAUCACACAGAUUUGCACCAGCACGAUACCAUCUCACGUCGUCGUCACAAUACAGUUUGCCGAAACCGUCAUCUCGUCUCUGGGUGGACGGCAUCCGUCAUCAGCCCAUGCCGGCAGAAACCGCCAACAGCCCUCCAACAUGUUCCGGCCGUGUAUUCGACCCCUCCGCCAGCGGCACAGCAAGAAAAAGUAUUUUAACGGCGCAUGCGGGAAGGAGGGGCACUCGAGGGUAACAGUCCCUCCUCACCGAAACCCGCUCUGCAGACGCGCGCCAGGAAAUAACCCGUCGAGAGGCCACAGCGGCAUCGGGACGAGUCGCUUACCAGCCUCAUUACUCGCACCCCGGCCGGGAUAAACCCCGGAUAAAAGAGAGGGUUGUAGUUAGUGCAGCGCUAGAAAGGGGUUGAGAGAAAAAGAAGGGGAAAAGGAGGGAAGACAAGAAAUUAGAGACAAUUGGCUCGGGUUGAGGAAGGGGUGGGUAGUCAGAUAAGCCAAGGGACAAAAGUAUAAAAAAAAGGUAAAAAUAUUAGCACGCGAACAAACAUGACAUCACCGCCAACGGCUCCCCGAACCGCAGAUCCGCCAGCGCCCACGUCUCCUCCUCCUCCCUGUCCUCCUCCUCUGACGUCGGCGGCGGCAGAGUUCUCGCGCCCGCCCACCAAGCCCUUCGACGUGGGCAUCGUGGGCGGGGGCAUCGCGGGCGUGGCGCUGGCGCUGCAGCUCCUGCGGCACGGCGUGGCCGCCACCGUGUACGAGCAGGGUGCGUGCUUCGCCGAGGUGGGCGCCGGCAUCUCGCUCGGCCCCAACGCCGCCCGCGCCCUUGAGCUCAUCUCGCCCGCCCUGCUGGCCGCCGCCGCGGGGAGGGCCGCGCGGCCGCGGAGGGGUGCUGAUGACGACGACGUCUGGUUCGACCUUCGGCUUGGGUGCUGCCCGUAUGAAAGGGGUGGUGGUGGUGGGGGCGGCGCUGCGGCAGGGACGGGUGGUGAAGCAGGAGAGCGGGGAGGAGACGCAGAAUCAGGAGCAGCAGCAGCAGCAGCAGCAGACCCGCCGCCGCCCGUGAUCCUCCGCCUGCGCUGCAAGGGCGGCCAGGUCUCGAUGCUGCGCGCGCACCUGCUCGACGAGCUGGCGGCGCUGCUGCCGGUCGGGGCGGCGCGCAUGGGCCACCACGUCGUUGACUGCCAGCCCCAGCCCGGCGGCGCCGGCGGUGUGGUACUUAGGUUUGCGCACGGCGCCGAGGCGCGCCACGACGCCGUGGUGGCCUGCGACGGCAUCCGGUCGCUGGUGCGGCGGUGCGUGCUCGGCCCCGACGACCCGGCCUCGUCGCCCGUCUUCUCGGGCAAGUACGCCUACCGCGGCCUCGUGCCGCUCGACGCCCUCCACGACGCCCUGGGCGGGGAGGAGGAGCUGGACCCGGGCCCGCAGAUGUAUCUAGGGAGGGGCGGGCAUGUCAUUGCGUACCCGCUGUGGGAAGCCGGAGUGAUGAAUAUCGUCGCCUUCAGCAACACUCCCUCGUGGCCCGACCAGUCCUGGGUGGUCUCGCGCACGCGCGACGAGAUGCUCGCCGACUUUGCCGGCUGGCACCCGCGCGUGCGCCUCUUCCUCUCGCUCAUGGGCCCCUCCACCAGCGCCUGGGCGCUCUUCGACCACGGCGUCCCCGCCGCCUCCUUCUGCGACGGCCGCGUCUGCCUCGCCGGCGACGCCGCCCACGCCUCCACUCCGCACAUGGGCGCCGGCGCCGGCGUCGCCCUCGAGGACGCCUGCGUGCUCGGCGCCCUGCUGGGCGACCCCGCCGUCCGCCACGCCGCCGACGUCGAGGUCGCCUUUCGUGUGUUUGACGCGCACCGCCGCGCCCGCGGCUUGCGCGUAGUCGCCGACAGCCGCGUCCAGGGCCGCCUGUACGGGCUCGAGCUCGACGGGGAUGUAGAUGCGGACCCGGCCCGGGUGGUGGAGAGCCUGCGCGGCCGCAUGCGCUGGCUGUGGGACCACGACCUGGACCGGGAGCUGGACGAGGCGCGUGCCGACUUGCGGGGCCUGCUGCUGGGCAGACGGGACGGGCUGUCGGCUGGGAAUCAGGGGCAGGGAGAUCUCGGCGUCCAUGUCAGCCCAACCGGAAGGUUGUGAUGGAUUCGAGGAGGGCUGGUGACUCUGGUGGAUGUCGAUAGUGUAAUUGUAUAUUUGAAGACGAAGCGACCAUCAUACGGCACGCCAACUCUCUGCUCCUGUUCUCGCUCCAUGGCGAAGGCUAACAUGAUAUACACACCGCC